GGGCCUGAUCCAGCCAAGCAUGCAUACGGACCGUCCGACCGAGGCACACGCCGCUCCCAGUCCCUGGCGCCCGCGUCAUCGACUUGUUGCUGCCAACAUGCAAAAGACGACCCCGGUGCCUGUGCGGGACCAUCACUUACUGCUGUUCCAUGCUACCGUGUUUAG